AUGAAUGCCGCUUACCCUCGAACCCUAGACAUGGCUAUCCCCUCGCCUCCUCUCCUCCACGCCGCAGUAGCCCCGCCGCCUCCGCCCAUGAUUUCUGCCGCUGAUGCGCUGUCACAGGAUGAGCUGAAGCGAAUCGCUGCCCAUCGUGCCGUAGAGCAGGUGGAGUCUGGAAUGGUUCUCGGCCUCGGCACCGGUUCCACUGCUGCCCACGCCCUCGACCGCAUCGGCGACCUCCUCCGAGGCGGCGCCUUAUGGGAUGUCGUCGGUAUCCCCACCUCCGAGUGGGCCGCCGCGCGCGCGGCUGCAGCGGGGAUCCCCCUGACGAAUCUCAACGUUCACCCCGUCGUCGACCUAUCCAUUGACGGCGCCGACGAGGUUGACCCGUUCCUCAACCUUGUGAAGGGGCGUGGCGGCUCUCUUCUCCGGGAGAAGAUGGUGGAGGGCGCCAGUCGGCGAUUCGUGGUUAUCGUCGACGAGUCCAAGCUCGUUCCUCGCCUUGGGGGCAGCGGCCUGGCCAUACCUGUGGAGGUCAUCCCCUUCGGCUCGGCGCUAACGCUCCGCCGCCUCCAUAGUCUGUUCGAUGGCGUUCCAGGCUUUAAUCUCAAGCUAAGGACCGCGACAACAAACGCCAAAGCCAGUGCCUUUGAUGAAGAUGACCCAGAAUUGGAUCCCUUUGUUACGGAUAAUAAAAACUAUAUUGUUGAUUUGUUCUUUGAGAAUGGAAUAAUCGGUGAUCUGAAUUCUAUCAGCGAUGAGAUCCUGAGGAUCACUGGGGUAGUGGAGCAUGGUAUGUUUCUCGGAUUGGCGACGUCAGUGAUAGUUGCUAGGAAAGAUGGGGUGGUGAUGAUGGACAACAAAGGGAUAUCAAACGGCAUAUGAAAGCAAUAUGCCAACUUUUGGUACGCUGCUUGUUUAUUGCUAUUUUUAUAUUGCAAUGAAGAAAAUCAAAUUUUGUCACUGGUUCUUCACUGGAAGAUUUCUUCCUAAGUAAACUAGAAUCCUUUUUGGUUGACGCUGAAACUGGAAUUUUUGUAGUGGCACUUAUCUAUAUGCGUU